CACAGGGCACAGCUCCCCCCGGGAGCCAGGUGUUUGGGUCCCAGGAGACGCUGCCGUCCCCCCCGGAAAGCAGUGUAGCUGAGAAUCCUACAGACCCCUCUCCGGCCCCAUGGGCACCCUGAAUCCCACCACCCCCAUCCACCUUCAGCUCCUACGAGAUGGACUGAACCAGGCUGCUGGCCAGACGGACAAGCUGGAUGCCAAGGUGAUGGUACCCCUCUGAGGAAGCCCUGUCGUGUGACUGGAGGAAGGGGGCCGCCCCCUACACCGCACCCAGCCAGCAUGAACACCUCGGCCCCACCUGCCGUCAGCCCCAACAUCACCGUCUUGGCACCAGGAAAGGGUCCCUGGCAGGUGGCCUUCAUCGGGAUCACCACGGGCCUCCUGUCCCUGGCCACGGUGACGGGCAACCUGCUGGUACUCAUUUCCUUCAAGGUCAACACAGAGCUCAAGACAGUCAAUAACUACUUCCUGCUGAGCCUGGCCUGCGCUGACCUCAUCAUUGGCACCUUCUCCAUGAACCUCUACACCACGUACCUGCUCAUGGGCCACUGGGCCCUGGGCACGCUGGCCUGCGACCUCUGGCUGGCCCUGGACUACGUGGCCAGCAAUGCCUCCGUGAUGAAUCUGCUGCUCAUCAGUUUUGACCGCUACUUCUCCGUGACCCGGCCGCUGAGCUACCGUGCCAAGCGCACACCCCGCCGGGCGGCCUUGAUGAUCGGCCUGGCCUGGCUGGUCUCCUUCAUCCUCUGGGCUCCCGCCAUCCUCUUCUGGCAAUAUCUGGUAGGGGAGCGGACGGUGCUGGCUGGGCAGUGCUACAUCCAGUUCCUCUCCCAGCCCAUCAUCACCUUCGGCACAGCCAUGGCUGCCUUCUACCUCCCUGUCACUGUCAUGUGCACGCUCUACUGGCGCAUCUACCGGGAGACGGAGAACCGGGCACGGGAGCUGGCAGCCCUGCAGGGCUCCGAGACACCGGGCAAAGGGGGCGGCAGCAGCAGCAGUUCGGAGAGGUCGCAGCCCGGGGCCGAGGGCUCACCAGAGACUCCUGCAGGCGGCUGCUGUCGCUGCUGCAGGGCCCCCAGGCUGCUGCAGGCCUACAGCUGGAAGGAGGAGGAGGAAGAGGACGAAGGCUCCAUGGAGUCCCUCACGUCCUCGGAAGGCGAGGAGCCUGGCUCCGAAGUGGUGAUCAAGAUGCCCAUGGUGGACCCCGAGGCGCAGGCCCCCGCCAAGCAGCCCCCGAGGAGCUCCCCAAACACAGUCAAGAGGCCGACCCGGAAGGGCCGCGAUCGGGCUGGCAAGAGCCAGAAGCCCCGCGGGAAGGAGCAGCUGGCCAAGCGGAAGACCUUCUCGCUGGUCAAGGAGAAGAAGGCGGCUCGGACCCUGAGUGCCAUCCUGCUGGCCUUCAUCCUCACCUGGACACCGUACAACAUCAUGGUGCUGGUGUCCACCUUCUGCAAGGACUGUGUCCCCGAGACCCUGUGGGAGCUGGGCUACUGGCUGUGCUACGUCAACAGCACCAUCAACCCCAUGUGCUACGCACUCUGCAACAAGGCCUUCAGGGACACCUUCCGCCUGCUGCUGCUCUGCCGCUGGGACAAGCGACGCUGGCGCAAGAUCCCCAAGCGCCCUGGCUCCGUGCACCGCACCCCCUCCCGCCAGUGCUGAUGGCCCCCUCGCCUGCACCCCUGCACCCCAGCCCCCGGGAGAGGCCGGUGGAAAGCGGGCAGGGGCUGCGCGUCCUCAGCCCCGAAGCCCAGCUCAGGCCGCACCAGGCUUCCCAGGCACCCGAGUCACCUUCCUGGACAGCCCGGACACACCUUGCCAACUUUCCAAACUUUCUAUUCCCGGGCAGGGUGUGAAACUUGGGGAACUGGUUUUUCUGUUCCCUGCUGGGUGGGAAUGGGUUCUUCACCAGGAAGAAGGCCCGGGAGGAGGAUCCGGGCUUUGGGCUCCUUGUUUGCCUUUGGGCAGGAAGUCGGGAGCCAGCAGGGCGGGCCAGGAGCUAGCCGGUUAGCAUUAACCGUG